AUGCACGGAGCCACUCGCGCUCCGGCCACCAGCGUGAGUGCCGAUUGCUGCAUCCCGGCCGGCCUGCGCCUCGGGCCGGUGCCCGGAACCUUCAAGCUGGGCAAGUACCUGUCAGACCGCAGGGAACCCGGGCCCAAGAAAAAGGUGCGCAUGGUGAGAGGGGAGCUGGUGGACGAGUCGGGGGGCUCCCCUCUGGAGUGGAUAGGGUUAAUCCGGGCAGCCAGGAACCCCCAGGAACAGACUCUCGAAGCUAUUGCAGACUUACCCGGAGGACAGAUCUUCUACCGAGCCCUGCGAGAUGUCCAGCCAGGGGAGGAGCUGACCGUGUGGUAUUCCAACUCCUUGGCUCAGUGGUUCGACAUCCCCACGAUUGCAACUCCGACACACGAUGAGAAAGGGGAGGAACGCUACAUUUGCUGGUACUGCUGGAGGACGUUUAGAUACCCCAACAGCCUUAAGGCGCACCAACGUUUCCACUGCGUGCUCAGCAGCGGCGGGAGCCGCGCCUACCUGCACCACGAGCACGCGGCUCGCCAAGGCGCUGCCCCGGCCACGGAUGGCCUUCGCCUCUCUCCGAAACCCCCGGCGCCUGACUUCGCCGCGGCCGCCUCGGCGGGGAAUCUGCGGCCCCACCCGCAGGCCCAGCCGCCCCUCCAGGCCUGCGGAGCCCGGGAGAGCAUCAAGCGCGAGGCGUCCUCCGCGCCCUCGGCCACCUCGCCGCCACCGGCCAAGUGGGGGCCGUCCAAGAAGGGCAAGGAGCAGCCGGACCGCGCCCUGGACAUGAGCGGGGCCGCCCGGGGACCCGGCCACUUUCUCGGCAUCGUGGGCGGCUCCCCAGCGGGGGGCGGCGGCCUGGCCUUCUACCCCGGCGUGCGCUCAGCUUUCAAGCCCGCCGGCUUGGCCAGGGCGGCCGCGGCCGCGCACGGUGACCCCUACCGGGAGGAGGGCGGCGGCAAACCGGGGGCCGGCCUGGCCUUAGGCAGGCUGCUGGGCGCGGGCCGGGGGGGCGGACGGCCUGGAAGCGGGGAGAACCCGGCGGCGGGCGGCGCGGGCCACCACCAUCACCACCACGCGCAUCACCACCAUCACCCUAAGUGCCUGCUCGCGGGGGACCCGCCGCCGCCGCCGCCGCCUGGCCUGCCCUGCUCGGGGACCUUGCGCGGCUUCCCUUUGCUCCCUGGCCCCCCGGAAGAGGCUUCCGCCUUCAAGCACGUGGAGCGCGCCCCGCCCGCCGCCAACGCGCUACCGGGAGCGCGUUACGCGCAGCUGUCGCCGGCGGCCGGGCUGCCCCUCGAGCGCUGCGCUCUGCCGGCCCUCGACGCGGGCGGGCUCAAAGCCUACCCGGGGGGCGAGUGCAGCCACCUGCCUGCCGUCAUGCCGGCCUUCACCGUCUACAACGGGGAGCUCCUCUACGGCUCCCCGGCCGCCGCUGCAUAUUACCCGCUCAAACUGCACUUCGGCGGGCUGCUCAAGUAUCCGGAGUCCAUCUCCUACUUCAGCGGGACCACGGCGGCAGCAGCGGCGGCGGCCGCUCUAAGUCCCGCCGAGCUGGGCUCCCUGGCCAGCAUCGACCGAGAGAUCGCCAUGCACACGCAGCAGCUGUCCGAGAUGGCAGCCGGGAAAGGCCGCGGCCGCCUGGACGCGGGGACGCUGCCACCGGCCAUCGUGGCGGCGGGUGGCGCUGGGGGUGGCGGCAGCGGGAGCGGCGGCGCGGGCAAGCCCAAGACGGGCCACCUGUGCCUCUACUGCGGCAAGCUGUACUCUCGCAAGUACGGGCUCAAGAUCCACAUGCGGACGCACACGGGCUACAAGCCGCUCAAGUGCAAAGUGUGCCUGCGGCCCUUCGGCGACCCCAGCAAUCUCAACAAGCACAUCCGGCUGCACGCCGAGGGCAACACGCCCUACCGCUGCGAGUUCUGCGGCAAGGUGCUGGUGCGACGCCGGGACCUGGAGCGCCACGUCAAGUCCCGCCACCCUGGCCAGAACCUGCUGGCCAAGGCGGGCGACGGCCCGGGAGCGGGGCCUGACUAUCCCCCGGAGCCCGGAGAGCCCAAGAGCGACAACGACAGCGACGUGGACGUCUGCUUCACGGACGACCAGAGCGACCCCGAGGCCGGGGGCGGUGGCGAGCACGACUCGUAA